GAAACCAGCAAAUAAACACAAAAAAACUACAAAAAGAAACCAGCAAUCCCUAUUUCCCUAAUUUAUUUUUCUUCAUGUAUCUUCAUCAAGAGAAGAAUCUUGAUCAAGACUCUGUAUCCUGAUCACAUACUUCUAAUUUCACUCUGCCGCCCAAUAAAGACUUUUCGAAUAUUUUAUCACAGUUCCUCUUAUAUAUAAUUUGGAAGAGGCAAGCUCUGUGUGAGACUAAACCAUGGAUGACAUGAAGUUUCCCAAUGUAAAAGAGGUCUUUGGCACAGUCUCCAAAGAAUACGCAGAGUUCAGGCCCCGCUAUCCCUCUCAACUUUUCUCCUUUCUUUCUUCCCUCACUCCACACCAUCAUCUGGCCUGGGAUGUGGGCACAGGCAAUGGCCAAGCCGCCGUUGAGUUAUCAAAGUACUAUGCGAGAGUGGUGGGCACAGACACGAGUGAGGGGCAGAUUCAACACGCAGAGCGCCGCCCCAACAUAAGCUACGCCGUCACGCCGCCAUCAAUAACCGAUCAACAACUGGACUCAAUCUUUGGCCCCGAAUCUUCUGUUGAUCUCGUUACCGCCGCCACAGCCGUCCACUAUUUUGAUUUGGAUAAAUUUUACGGGCAGGUGAAGCGGGUGUUGAAGAAGCCCGGCGGCGUGAUUGCGGUGUGGGCGUAUUGGAAGCCCCGAGUGGAUCCAGCAGUGGACGCCGUUUAUGAGCGGUUUUUUAGCAGAACUUAUCCGCUUUUCCAUCCGGCUGCGAAAGUGGUGUUGGAGGAGUAUGAGAGUUUGCCGUUUCCGUUCACAGCAGUGGAGGGAAUAAAACUGGAGAUCGAAGAGCAGAGGAAUUUUGACCAGUAUUUGGGAUAUUUGGGAACUGGGUCUGGUUUGGUGGGCAGGGAAGACAUCUUGGAGGAGUUUAGAGCAGAUUUCGAGGCGGCGUGGGGAGCGGAGGUCCAUGUGACCAAGACUGUAAAGUUUCCGGUCUUCUUAAAGGUGGGAAGGUUUGAAAAAAAGGGAAAAUUCUGUUAGGUAGUAGAUGGUAGAUGAUCCACGGGUAACCUGUGAGCUUUACUUGUGCCGUUAAUUUUGUUUUAAUAAGCUUUUAAGCGUCUUAUUACAUGUUAAUCCUUUGGUUUAGUGAUGCCCCUUUGGGUACUACCAGGCUUUUAAUAUGACAGUGGCAGUCGCUUGGCUAUCUAUAAAAGUCUUUUCUGGAAUCAAAAUAAAGAGUGGUGAAAGUUUCUUUUCAA